GCAAAUUAAUAGUCAUUCUGAACCUGGUCACCUGACUCUCCUUCCUAAGGCACGAAGGUGGAGUUUGUUCAAACUGCUCUUCUCAGUCUGGCCUCAGUCUAAAACCACACCUACUGCAGCCUGAGAAGCAGGAAGCUCCUCCCACUCUCACACACAGAAAACUGAGAGAAAACUAAACUGAAUCCUAUCAGUGAUCGUGGUAAAAUGGCUGAAGCCAGUAUCACAGGGAAUCAGAACCAAUUAAGCUGUCCUAUCUGUCUGGAUCUGCUGAAGGAUCCGGUGACUAUUCCCUGUAGACACAGUUACUGUAUGAGCUGCAUUAAGAGCUGCUGGGAUCAGGAGGAUCAUCUUGAAGUUUACAGCUGCCCUCAGUGCAGAGAGAUCUUCACACCCAGACCUGUUCUGGGUAUAAACACCAUCCUGGCUGAAGUGGUGGAGAACCUGAAGAAGACAGGAAUACAAUCAACUACUCCAACUGACCAUUAUGCUGGACCUGGAGAUGUGGAGUGUGAUUUCUGUACUGGGAGAAAAUGCAGAGCAGUCAAGUUCUGCCUGGUGUGUCUGGCCUCUUACUGUGAAACUCACCUCCAGCCUCACUAUGAGUCUCCAGCUUUUAAGAAGCACAAGCUGGCUGAUCCUACUGGACAUCUGCUGGACAAGGUCUGUUCCCUCCAUGACAAACCCCUGGAGAGCUACUGCCGUACCGACAAGCAGUGCAUCUGUUUUUCCUGUGAGGCGUUUGAACACAGAGGGCAUGAUACAAUCGCAGCUGCUGCAGAAAGGGCAGACAUACAGAAAGAUAUGGGUGAAACCCAGACGGAAUUUUGGCAGAGAAUUCAGAUGAGAGAGAAGGAGCUGCAGGAGCUGAGAGAGGCUGUGGAAUCGAUCACAAGCUCAGCACAGUCAGCAGUGAAGGACAGUGAGAGGAUCUUCACUGAGAUGAUCCGCUCCAUUGAGAGAAGACGCUCUGAGGUGACAGAGCUGAUCAGAGAUCAGGAGAAGGCUGCAGUGAAUCAGGUUGAAGAAUACAUGGAGAGACUGGAGCAGGAGAUUGAUGAACUGAAGAGGAGACACUCUGAGCUGGAGCAGCUUUCACACACAGAGGAUCACAUCCAUUUCCUCCAGAGGUACCAGGGUCUUCCUGUCACCCCUGAAGCUGGAUUUGGACCCAGAAUCUCCGUCAGUCCACGCUGCUCUUUUGAGAACAUGAGGAAGGUGGUUUCUGAGCUGAAGGAUCAACUGGAGAAUGUGUGUGAAAAGAAAACAGCAGAGAUCCAUCAUACAGUUACCAAAGACGCCGUCCUACCAGUAUUAGUGCCAAGGACCAGAGCAGAAUUCUUACAAUACUCCUGCCAGCUGACGCUGGACCCCAACACAGCAAACAGAUACCUGUCUCUGUCAGAGGGGAACAGGAAGGUGACAGGGGGGGCAAAGCAGCAGCCAUAUCCUGAUCAUCCAGAGAGAUUUGACUGGUUCUUCCAGGUUCUGUGCAGAGAGAGUCUGACUGGUCGCUGUUACUGGGAGGCUGAGUGGAGUGGGGAUGGAGCCUGGAUAGCAGUGACUUAUAAAGGAAUUGGGAGGAAAGGAGGGAGUUAUGACUGUCAGCUUGGAGCCAAUGACAAGUCAUGGACGCUGCACUGCCUUCCUGACAGUUACUCUGUCCGGCACAAUAAUAAAAAGACUGACAUACCCAGAAAGCCCUCAGGCUCCCGCAGAGUAGGAGUGUAUCUGGACCGGGCGGCUGGUACUCUGUCCUUCUACAGAGUCUCCUCUGAUGGACUGACCCACCUGUACAGCUUCACCUCCUCAUUCACUGAACCCCUCUAUCCAGGGUUUUGGCUUUAUACAAACUCGCCCAUGUCGCUCUGCAUGCUGGGAUAGCUCACUGUGUGCUGGAGGAAUCUUUUUUUUUCCCUCCACCAUCCCCUCCCCUGCGGAGGAAUGAAGAAAACGGAGAAGAAGGGAGAUAGAGAGAGAGGGAGAGAGAGAAAAAAAACACAGAUAAUCUGCUUCAAUACCUGCUGAUGAGAGAAAACAACCAACAUCUGUACGAAUCACUAUGAACAUGUUAAGGAGCAACAGCCGAUCAAGGCAGUGUGUGUCUGCGGGUACUUGUGUGCACACCUGUGUGUGUGAGCGCGCUGAUGUUCAUAAGGUUUCUCCAUGUAAAUGUCUAGUAGUGUGUGUGGGGAGCCAUAGCCCCAUCCCCAGGACAUGAAGUAGACAUGGAGGAGACCUAGGCCCCAGACAUCCAGAGGCCCCCAGUGCAUGGGAGCCCCCUGAGGACCACCGCAGGGAGAAUAGCAGCCCUCACCCAGAAAAGGGCAGAGGAGAGCUCCGGAGGGAGGCCAUCCAGCAGCCACAGUGCAGGAGCCCCAGGGGGCCGGCCACACCAGGGCAGACCAGGCCCUGGGCCCAGAGAUCCAAGGGCCACCCCAAACCCCCUCAAGGAGCUCGACAGAGCCAGUGAGAACCACCAUCGCACCAGCAGCCGGGGGCCCCAUCCACCGGCAGGGAGUGUGGCGAGGGGAAAUAGAGCCCGAGAUGUUAUUUCUGGUGGAGUCUAGGACCCAACCUGACACAUGUGUAUAGACAAACAGACACACACAUAUAGAAGCAUACGUUCCCACCCUCAUGCAGACAUAAACAAAUAUUCACACAUUCACCCAACAUAGAGUCACACAGAAAUGAACUCUGUACACACACUCUCACUCCCCAUAUAUACUCUAUAUGGACCCCUAUUUUUCCUCUGGCGUGGAGACCAGAAAAUCACCCCGGACCCCGCAGCAGCCGAGAAGCCCACCAGCCCAGACCCCGACCGGACGGCCAGUUCUUCCUCUCAGCCGCCAGUUCCAGAUGGCAAACAGUGAACAGGGGUGUGAAAAUACCUCAUGCCCCCCUUCGCCCACUCAGAUGUGGUGUUGGUGCGUGUUGUUCUAAAGUGCUUUUAAAACAGGGGAAGGGCACGGUGCCAACCACCCCCUGCCAUCCAACAGCUGGUGUCAGCUCGGCCCCUCCCCAGAACCCUCAACGUGUAUGUGCCAUUUAUAAUUGAGAAGUGGGCACUGGUACCAGAGGUAAGGCUGAAUGAACAGAGGCCCUAAAUGUAUGUGUCAUGAGAGAGUAAGUAAUGAGAGUGUCUAAGUUGUGAUGUAUGAUUGAGAUAUAGGAGGAAAAAGGUAAAAUCUCUGCUUUUUAAUCAGUAUAACCCUUUUUAUUGUCUGAAGUUUCAUAUAUAUCAUAAAUGAGUGGGCUUGUGUGAGCGGCAUGGUGGUGCAGUGGUUAGUGCUGUUGCCUCACACCUCUGGGACCUCGGUUCGAGUCUCCACCUGGGUUAUGUGUGUGUGGAGUUUGCAUGUUCUCCCCAUGUCAUCGUGGGGUUGACAAGCUGAACAAACACAGGGAAAAAAGAAAUUUUCUGUAUGAUUAAAAUGUAAUGAAAUGUAGUCCUGAUGAGUGGAGUGGGGGGGGGGGAUUUUCCCCUCCCCUCCCCUCCCCUGAAUAUGUAUGUUUUUUUAAAUUUCUGCCUGUAUAUUGUAUUUGUUACCUGUACACUGACAAUAAAGGCUUCCUAUGCCAUCCUAUUCA